AUGACCAAGGAAAGAUACAAUCCUAAGACGAUUGGAGAUUAUCAAAGAAACUAUCAUAUAGAUAAUAAUUUAUUUGUUGAGAAUGAAUCAGAAUAUGUAACGGAGUGCCACAUGGGUAAACAGGAAAAUAAGUUCUUUUGUUUUUUGGUCAAGACGUGCACAUUUAUUGUUUUUGCAUUAACAUGGCAAAAUUCCGAUAAGACGCAUACUACCUCAACCUUUAGUGAAUCAUGUGCUAACAGAAGGAGCGUAAAUGCAUUAGGCGUAAGGUCGGGAAGACUGUUAAUUGGAGAUGCAAAUAUAAGCAUUGAGGGAAGUUAUGAAUUUCUUGAUGACAGCGAAGCAGAUUUGCUAAGGGAAAAUUACCAUUCUUCUAAAAAACAUCCAGAAGAAAUAUUUCUCGGUAGCAAUUCUCAAAAAUAUUUAGAUGAUUCAAUAUACAUUAAUGAACGUGUGAGAGAGGAUAACGUGCAAGUUAGUGAAAAUGGUAAUAAUACCAAAAGUAUGACGAGCGAAUCAUUUGAUUCGUUAAGUUCCGCUAACGAGAUUAGUCAAUCAAAUGAGGCUCCAAAUGAUCAAAAUGAAUUAAGAAUGAGGUUCGACCCCAUGCAGCAUUACAAUAACCUUAAAGAAGAUAAUGAUCACGAAAAACAGGAUGAGAGUACUGUAAGUCUUUUUAUUCAUCAAGAAAAUAAUAGCAGGAAUGAUAAUAAUGAAGGACUUAAUUCAAAUUAUAAUUCUUUGAUGAAUGCGAAUGCUAAGGAAUCAUCCGGUUCCGCAGAUAUUGGCAAGGCAGCUGGAUCAAGUAGCCCAGGAGUCAGUGAAAAUAUUUUUUUAAAACGAUUGGUAGAUUUAAAAAAUUACAAUAAUUUUAAAGAAAAUUGUGAUGAAACACAGAACGAUCAAGAUUCUGAAAUGUGUUAUUCAUUAUUACAAUUUGAUUACGGUGCAAGCAGAAUACAUGAUAAUUUUAAAUCAAGUGAAAAUGUGGAAAAGGAUGUAACUUCUGAAAAUAUGAAUGGUAGUAAUAACAGCUCAAAUAAACAAUCUGAUGUGCCAAGUGCUAAUGUCAGUUUUGGUGAAUCUCGCGAUACGUUAAAACAGUACAGUGAUUUUCAAGAUAAAGUUAAUAAAAUAAAAAUCCAUGAUGAUGUUAAGGAAGGAUUGUACACAUUAAAAGGAGUUAGUAAUGUAAAUGUGUCAUUUAGUAAAAUUAAGGAGGGCAUUAAUCGAAACGGAGGAUUUAAUAAAAAUGAUAAUGUUCCUGGUGGCUCUAAUUUAGAACAAAAUAAUGAAGCAUUAUCCAAUAAUGAAGAUUUGCAGAGAAGAUCUGAUGUGCUGGAUCAUGACAACGCUUUUAAAAGAGAAGUUAAUGAAGAAACACUUGGUCAUGGGGUAAACACACAGGUGGAGCAACAAAGAGGAGAUGCGAAGGAAGUUAAAGAAAUAGCUGAUAAAGUCCAAAAUGAAGAUAAUUUUGAAAAUAUAUUUGAUAAAUAUAGGGCAGAUAACGAUUUUAAGGAGUUACACAGUUCGUUAAUGCGUACUGUUAAUAUGCACAAGCAUUUUGAUAAAAUUAAUGAUGAUGAUAAUUAUGGUAAAGAAUAUGAUUCAUUAAGAUCUGAUGGAAGCGCUGCUCAGAAUCCACAGGAAGAACAAAAAUCAGAUGAAAAAUGUGAGGAUCUUGAUGAAAAAGAAUCAGAGAAAAUACAUAAUUCAUUAGAACAUUGUAAUGCUCUUAAGGAACAAGUGAAUGAGGAAAAAGUUGAUGAAGAUCCUGAAAAUGGGGUCAAUAUAUUAAAGGAAGACGAUCUUCCUAAAAAUGGGGUACAUCCGUCAAAAGGUGGUUCACAGAAUGGCAAAAAAAAAAGUGGAAAAAUGAAUGGGAGGAAUAAUGCAAACAAACCAUUUGAGGGAUCCAGAAGAGACCAAAACAAUUAUGAUAAUCCAGUUAACAGAUCCCCUAAUGGUGGUAGAAAUUCUAACAACCGAAAUAAUAUAUAUAGAAACAAUGGAAGUAAUUGUCAAAACCCAUUGGAUGUAUUGAAAAGCGAGCAAGAUUAUUCCAAUGAAAAUUCCCAUAUCAUUAGCGGUAUGAACAAAUUUGAAAAGCAAAUUGACCCAUCAAAGCUUUACGAAAGCAGUGAUAGCGAACAGUCAGAGAUAUCGAAAAAUGGAAAUGAUGAAAGCGACGGUGGUGAAUAUGCAGAUGAUGAGGAUGAAGAUGAGCAUGCUGAAGGGAAAUAUAGAAGGUAUGAUAAAAAUAAAAAAGGCGGUUAUUGUACCAAAAGUUCUUACAAAUAUCAUGAUAAUCGUAUAAAUGUACUAAAACAAGACGAAAUUGCUGGGGAAUCCCAAGAACUAGGAGAAUAUAACGAUCGCACUGAACUAGUGACGACAGUGCUAGAGAGUACAGGAUAUGCUGAAGAACAAUUCGAUGAGGUUUUAACAGAUGUUGUAAAUGCGGGGGAACCGUUAGAUGUUAGCACAGAAGAUAAUACAAAUGCUAGCGAGCAACACGACAGUACCUUAAAAGACAAUGCUAGUGUUAAGGAACAACUUAAUGAGAGAAAAAAUUACCAAGAUAACAAACGAUUUAGUAAGUUAAAACAUGAAGAGCGAGUUAGCUUCACAUAUGACGAAUUGGAUGAUGACAAAAGAAGUCACGUAACCGGUAAAUCCAGAAGAAUUGAUAACACAUACAACGGUGCAGUUCAUAAAUCAAAAAUGGUUGCUGAUCGAAGGAGCGAUAUAACAAAGAAAUUAAAAAGGAUUGAUGGAAGAGAUAGUGAUAUGCCUGAUCACUCAAAAAGUGGAGGCAGAAAGAGCGGUACAAAUGGACACAGAAAUGGCGACAAACGUAAUGGUAAAGAUAGCUCUAUAACUGGUAACUCCAAGAAUGAUCACAGUACUAGUGUUAUAUCCGAUAAAUUUGUAAAUGAUAGAAAUAAGAAAAAUUCACGUACCUGUAAAAAGGAUAGCGCUAAUUAUGAAGAGGAGGCUACUGAACUAAAUAACACAGAUAAUUACCAGAAUAAACUUUUGAUUGAUAUGGAACUUGCUGAUGAUUUUAAAAGAAUGUUUAAUGCUUUACAGAAUGCUUUUGCUACAAAGGAAAGAUUCGAAGCAUUAAAACAUUAUGAGAUGUUUAAAAAGGAGAUCCUUAAUAUACAACUUGAUGCAGAUUUUGAGCAUUUAGUUAAUAAAAUGGAGCCUCGUAGCCAUACUAAAAGAUCGUUAUAUACACCAAAAGAGGAAUAUGAAUAUUUAUGUGAUUUAUCACAGUAUGAAGAUUAUUUUGACAGUCAAUCUGAUAGAUUAACACAUAAUAAUAGGAAUAAGGAAAUGUCUAAUAUGAAAAAGAAGCAUAACUGUUCUGAUCGUCAAUCCUAUUCAUUAGGAAGUAAUAGUACAGAUAAGAAAGAACUAGAUAAGAGUAAAGAAGGCAAGUAUUAUGAACAAAACCCUUGCCGUCGUGAUAAUUAUGAUUCUAAGAGCCUGUAUAGCGUAUUAAAAAAGAGAAGGAGCCUUAAUAAAAGUUUUGAUAAAUCAAACAUUAGUACUGAUUAUUAUAAUUGUAGAAAUUCAUUUGGCGUUCGGAAAGAUAAUAUGCUGACCAAGGAAAAAUCUGAUAAAUCAAAGGAUGGUAGUGUUUAUUAUUGUUCCAAGACGUCACCUGGUGCAAGAGAAGGUAGUAACAUGGAAAAAAAAAAUUUGGAUAAAACAAACGAUCAGGAUGAUUAUUAUUAUGGUUCUAAGCAUGCAUCUGUUUCCUCAAAAGUGAAUAAUGAUGUGCCUAAGAAUAGUUAUGACAAAUCACGCGGUACUACUGAUAAGUGUGGAACUAGGAGUUUAUAUAGUGUAUUAAGUAGAAAUAGAUCUAGAAGAAGCCUUGAUAAACCGGGUGCUCCUUCUAACUAUUAUGGUUCAAAGGAUUCCUCUAAUGCAUCCAAAGAGAAUAAAAUGGAUAAGAAUAUUUCUUAUGUAACAAGCGCGGUGCGCGAUACUGCAAAACCAUCAAAUGUGUUAAAGGAUGCUGAUUCGUGUUCAAAGAGAACCGUUAAAAAAAUAAACAAUGAAGAAAAGGGAAAAGGAAAUGAUGAUGUUGUUUCCCAUUCUGUGAAAUCCUUUUUUUCAUUAAAAGGCAAACCCCAAGGUGAAAACAAUACAUAUAAUUCAUCAAAAUAUGAUCAGAGCAAUUUAGAUGAUCUAUAUGACGAAUUAGAUGAUGCUCACGCCCUGAAUAAGCGAUAUAAGUCAGUAAGAUACAGUAAAGUAGCCUUAUCCAAGCUACAUGAUGGUUUAAAAUAUAAUGAAAAAGAAUAUAGUGCACAUUAUAAAGCAGUGGGAAGUUAUGAAAAUGUUAAUAAAAAGAAAUCCAAUAUAUCAAGGAACAACGGUAUCAACCCUUCGAAAUUACGUGAAGAAUCAGAAAAGGAUAAUGAUUUUUUGAAGUCUAGUUACACCUUCAAACGUAAAAGUUUUGAUUGUAAAAAAUCGUACUUAUUAAAAUGCAAUGAUAAACCUAUGAGGAUAGAGCAAACACAUGGACAUGAUAGAAAUUAUAAAGAUUCAAAUGAUAAAGCGGGAAAUAAUAGAAAAGACGGUAAUAGAGAAGAAUGUUAUAGAGAAGGUAAUAAUAGAAGAGAUGAACGUAGAAGAGAUGAUUAUAGAAGAAAUGAUAAUGGACAAAAUUGUAACAGAAGGAAUUGUAUAGAUGAUGACUAUGGAACGAACCUAGUAAAUUUAAAAAGGAACAAAAAGUGCUUUAUAAAAAAGGUAUUUUCAUAUAUAAAAGGAGAUGAAAAAGGGCCUUUCAAAUCAAGAAUGAUUAAUAAGAAAAAAUUGUUCUUAAAGAUUUUAAAAUUUAUCAAAAAAAUAGAUUUCAUGUUUGAAUUAGAAAUGUUGAAUUCAAUGAAAAGAUCAAUAAGGAGUGAUACAUUCUUGAUUAAGCCAGAAACGAAUUUAAAUAAAUUAUUUUAUUACACCAAGAAGUUUAAAAUAUUUGCUCCACUUUUAUUAACGUUACUAUGUUUAUUCGCGUUUUACCUAGCUAGCUUACAUCAAUUUGUCCUUGGUACCGGUUUGAUAUUUCUCGUCAUGGCACUUUAUUAUGGUAUAAAAAUAUUAAAGUGCCAUAGAAUGGCUAAACUGUUUAAAACUUUUAGCCAAACCAAUAAAUUCGAAAUAAGUUUAGAAUCACCAAGAAAUACUAUGUAUCGAGGUCUUUAA